AUGAGUUCUGCGAUUCGUCUUCUUCUGUUUCUCAUACUAACCCUUCCGCUUGUCACAUCUUCUGCCCGCAACACCCUCUCUGUUUCAGGAUUUGCGAAGACAGGGAUUGCAAGAAGAUCGUUGAUGGUGGUGAACAUAGAGGAUUAUAGUGAUCCAUCUGCAAACACCAGACACGAUCCCAGCGUUCCGACCAAUGCAAAGGCUGACACAUCACCUUAA